CGAAACGUUGGUAAUCUGUUGAUGUAAUUGAAACCAGUCGAGCACUGUGUAGAAAUGUCAACACAACUUCGUAUUAAUUUCUAGCUGUUUCAUCCUGUGAAACAAGGCUUUCAGAAUGGAGAGAGGCCGGGCAAAGCCUCUGGAUGACAGGACUCAGCGUCUGGCAGAAUAUUUGAGUGAGACACUAAGCCCUAUGGAGACGACAUUAAUGAAGGUGCAAAGUUUGCUGGUUUGGGAAACUCCAGCAAAGAGUGCCAUUAUGGUCGGAAUUGUCCAUGCAAUUUUCUGGUUUUUCUUGUAUGGUGGAUGCAGAUUUUACUCCACCCUUGCAACUGUGAUUAUGGCCCUGUAUUUCCUGCGGAUAUGGAAGAAAAAGAUAUGGCCUGAAAUAAGAGUGCAACCUAAAGAACCGGAACCAGACGAGUGGACUCUAGUACACCCAAAGCUUCUGAGUGUGGCAGAGUUGAGUGAGCACAUGGCGGGUGCCUGGUUCUACGCCAAACACUGUCUGGACUGGUGGGUCACUAUGCGACGUGAUAGACCGCUCAAGUUUUGCAUUGAGACAAGUUUCAUCUGUGGGUGCACUGCAUUUCUGGGAUAUUAUAUCUCUGGUGGUAUGCUGUCAUAUAUCAUAAUAAUGAGUGUGAUCCUUUGGCCGUGUCUCCAGUAUCACAACCUGCUCAAGAAAUUCUACAUGAAGUUUGAGCCGUUCUUUAUGAAGAUCGACUACUCUAUGAAAGUGAAGAACAAGUGGAGUUACGAAGGUGACAGGGCCCCAGUUGCAACUAAUGAAAACACUGACGAGGAAGGCAAACUGACAACGUCAGUCUGUGCUGACAACGAGAGCGAUUUGGAAGACUUCUUGCCAACUGACCCUGAGCUGUCCGCUGCCUUGGCACGUGCAAUAACUGACAGCGAGGAUGAGGGAGGGACACCAUCCAUGUCGAUCACACCAGGGUUCUCAAAGGAACCAUCUGUGGUUAAUAGCGAUGAUGAAAACAACCAUGCAGACGACAUAGAAAGCCACUUUGCACCAAGUAUCGAUAUGAUGCCUUCCUUUGAGGACACUCUGGAUCACACAGAUGACGAACUUCUAGACCUUCCCAGUGGGCCACGGGUAACACAGGCCAGUCGAGAGAGCUCUGAAGAAAGCAUGAGAUUCAUAUCUUCCCACUUUAACGACUCUGAUGACGAUAACGUUGAUGCCCUAAGAGUCUCGCGUUCAGCGGUACAAGAUCGGCGGGAAUUUGACUUUGACUCUGCUGCCCAGAGGAUUGUUUCGCAAGCGUUUUCAUCUGUGGUGUCAUCAGCAUUGCAAAACGCUAUUUCAAGAACUGCGUACAACCUUGGGUCUUCUGAUAACGACAGGGAACAGAAUGUGAUUCAUGCGCCUGGUGAUAGACUUGCAAGCACCUACAGUGACUCAGAUGACGAGACAACACUGGAAAAGAGUGAUCUAGGUCAACGAGAAGCUUUUCCCGACGAUGACUCAGCAAGUUUGGACAUUGAAGAGGAAUUCGAUUUUCUGGAAGAGUAUGAUGUUAGUGGAAGUGCAGAAAAAUGAUGAUGGCUUAAAUAUUUGUUUCCAUAAUGUUGCAUGAUAUUGUUGUACUUUCCUGUAUUGUACUGAUGAAAACAUAGCUGUGUUGUUUAUCUCAUUUUUAGCUCAUCUAUUUUUUUAGCUAUUGUCAUCACCUUGGCGUCGGCGUCUGCAUCGGCGUCGGCGUCCGGUUAAGUUUUGCGUUUAGGUCCACUUUUCACAGAAAGUAUCAAUGCUAUUGCAUUCAAACUUGGUACACUUACUAUCAUGAGGGGACUGGGCAGGCAAAGCUAGAUAACUCUGGCGUGCAUUUUGACGAAAUUAUGUGCCCUUUUUAUACUUAGAAAAUUGAAAAUUUUGGUUAAGUUUUGUGUUUAAGUCCAUUUUUAUUCCUUAAGUAUCAAAGCUAUUGCUUUCAUACUUGCAACACUUACUAACUAUCAUAAGGGGACUGUGCAGGCAAAGUUAUGUAACUCUGACUGGCAUUUGGAUGGAAUUAUGGGCCCUUUGUACUUAGAAAAUUGAAAAUUUGGUUAAGUUUUGUGUUUUGGUCCACUUUACCCCUAAAGUAUCAUAGAUAUUGCUUUCAUACCUGGAACACUCGCAAACUAUCAUAAGGGUACAGUAAAAGGACAAGUUGCAUAACUCUGGUUGUCAUUUUUACGGAAUUAUGGCCCUUUUUUGACUUAGUAACUUUGAAUGUAUGGUUAAAUUUUGUGUUUCGAUCCACUUUACUUCUAAAGUAUCAAGGCUAUUGCUUUCAAACUUCAAAUACUUUCAUGCCAUCAUGAGGUUACUGUACUUGGCAAGUUGAAUUUUAACUUGACCUUUGAAUGACCUUGACUCUCAAGGUCAAAUUAUUAAAUUUUGCUAAAAUUGCCAUAACUUCUUUAUUUAUGAUUAGAUUUGAUUGAUACUUUGACAAAACAACUCUUACCUGACAUACCACAAUAGAC